AUGGACUUUUUUACUCGAGAUAUAACUGAGGACUCUAUCCUUAGGUGUCCAUUCUUGAGGAACAUUAAUGAACCAACUAACUUCUCAUUUGUUUCACCUUUGGCUUUUCCAAUGCCUGUGCGUGCGGCGAAAGGUCCAAUUUUUGAAGAUGGUCCCAAUUUUGAUUUGGCAUUUAGGCUUUUCCAUGGGAGCGACGGUGUAGUUCCCUUAUCCGAGAGAUCUUUUCAGCGUUUAGACAAAAUGAAGCCCGAACUUCCAAAAUCCCAAUUCAAUCCUUUGGCUGCAAAGGCGGCAACUAUUAGUCUGUCAUCAUUUGGAUUUGGCGGACCUUUCGGUUUUGACUCAUUUAAUGAGAAGUGGAAGAAACAGAAUAAAAAAUCCAACUCCUCAAAAAAAGAUCCUUCCUCAAAGGAUGGUUCGAAGCAUGAGGCAGGCAAUGACUGGCUGCAAAAUGGGAACUGUCCAAUUGCAAAGUCUUAUCAGGCUGUCAGCAAAGUCCUUCCACUCGUAGCAAAGGUUAUUCAGCCUCCUGCCGGUAUGCAUUACAAGUGCCCACAGGUAAUAAUUGCGGCUCGAGCGGCUAUAUCUCGCACCGCAUUUGCAAAGAAUCUCCGCCCUCAGGGCUUGCCAACAAAAGUUCUUGUGAUCGGUAUGAUGGGGAUGGCAGCUAAUGUCCCCUUAGGUGUAUGGAGAGAACAUACCAAGAAAUUUUCACCAUCCUGGUUUGCAGCUGUUCAUGCAGCUGUUCCAUUCAUAGCAAUGCUUAGGAAGUCUGUCUUGAUGCCUAAAUCAGCCAUGGCAUUUACCAUUGCAGCAUCGAUAUUGGGCCAAGUACUCGGGUCAAGAGCCGAAAGGUACCGUCUGAAGGCAGUUGCUGCAAAAAAGUUGUCUGCAAUAGAAGCUCCUGAUGUUGGUUCGGUCAAGUUACCUGUGGUUAAAUCUAAAGACAGGCACUGUGGUGAUGAGGCAAUGAAGUGGAAUGAAACUUCCCUUCAGCUGGCAGGAACUUCAUCAACUGAUGUAUUUUGUUGA